AUGGAGAAUAAUACUGAUCAAGUUAAUGGUAGUAAUAAUGGUGGAGGUGUAGAGACUACUAAUAUCGCUGUUGCUCCACAGACUGUCUCUUCGGUGGAAGAUGCCAACAAGAGACAGUUGGAAUCGAAUGGUGAAGUCGAUACCACACCUUUUAAGAAACAAAAGUCUGAUGAUAUACAACAACAACAACAACAACAAGCACAACAGAUAAACAUGAGUGGAUUACCACCUUUAUCAGCACCAAUGUCACCAUCAAGACCAAUACCACCUAAUCAACAACAACAACAACAACAAGUACAACAACCAAUAGUAAAAACAGUUACUACACCACCAUCUGCUAUUCCAAUACCGGCAUCGAUACAAUCUAAUAAGCCAGUUCCACAGUUACCAUUGAAUAACAUCGGCAAUAACAAUACUAUAGCUACCAACAUAUCAAAGAAUACAACCAUUGCCAAUAACAAUAUAAUAACAGCGGCAACAACAGGUACCGGUAAUGAAAUGCCAGCAACAUCAACUACAACUACCACCACAACGACAACAACUACAUCGUCGGCGGCACUCGUCUCACCGAUGGCGGUACAACAGCAACUGCAACAAGCAACCGCAGCAGCAGCGGCAUCGGUUCCACAUGUGACAUCGGUACUGUUGGCGACUACACAAUUCCCGAUUCCACAGUGCAGUUGGUUCAAGAUGAAUGAAAUACACGAUAUCGAGCGAAUUCAGAUGAACGAGUUCUUCAAUGGCCGAUCGCCAUCAAAGACACCGGAGAUCUACAAGGAAUACAGAGACUUUAUGAUCAAUACAUACCAGCAGAAUCCAUAUCAAUACCUCACACUGACUGCUGUCCGCAGAAACCUGGUAGGUGACGUCUGCUCCAUAAUGCGAGUUCACAGCUUCUUGGAUCAUUGGGGUCUAAUCAACUACUUUGUCAAUCCAGACGGUGGAGGUUGUAUUCCACCACCACCCUUAAUGAACAACAACAAUAACAACAUAGAAAACAACAACAACAACAACAAUAAUAAUAACGAUUCAAGUGUAUUAAAAUCACCUGGAAAACAAACAACUUCAACAACUACAUCUACUUCAACAACUUCUUCAUCUUCAACAACAACAACUUCUUCAUCAUCAUCAUCAUCAUCUUCAAAAUCAUUAGAGUUGAGAAAUAAUAUCUAUGGACAACCGCAAGCACCACACAAAACAGUUUGUAGUAUUUGUGGUGUCGAUUGUACUGCACUUCGCUAUCAGUUGUCGAAACCGUUGUCACCCGGUGAAGGACAGAACAAUUUGCCAGCGGAGUUGUACAAGGUUAACAUUUGUAACAAUUGCUUCACUGGUGGCAGCUACGCACCCAACCAUCAGGCAACAGACUUUACAAAGAUCGAACAGGAGGUCUCGAAAGAACCAGAGGAAUGGACUGACCAAGAGACACUCUUACUUCUCGAAGCGAUCGACCUCUACGGUGACUCGUGGGUAGACGUAUCAGAGCACGUAGCAACCAAAACCAAAGAACAAUGUCUACUACACUUCCUCAGAUUGCCAAUCGAAGAUUCCUACCUAGAAGAUAACUUUAACAGAGCAAUUGGAUUGAAGCAUAAUAAUAAUAAUAAUAUUCAACAACCAAACAACAAUCAUAAUGAUAAUGGUUUUGGAGGUAAUGAAAUAUUAUCGAUGAUUAGUUUCUUAUCAAAGUCUGUUUCGCCAAAUGUUGCAUCGGCAGCAGCAAAGGCAGCCUAUGAAGAGUUGGAGAGAUCGAAACAUACAGAUACCGAUGAUAUGAAUAUUCAGACAGCAUCGGCAGCCACUCUAGCGGCUACAUCGAUCAAAGCCAAAGCCAUUACACGUUCAGAGGAGCGUGAGAUCCAAUCUUUGAUUCUAGAUAUCGUUAAUCUUCAAACAAAGAAAUUAGAGAUUAAAUUGAAAUACUAUUCAGAUCUUGAAGAUUCUCUUGAUAGAGAAAGAUUAUUGUUGGAUAGAUCAAGACAAGCAUUGUUUGCAGAGAAACUAAGUUUAUUAAAAGCAUAUAAUCAAAUACCACAACCAAACCUUUUACAAACUGUAUCAAAUAAUAACAAUAACAAUAAUAGCAACAACAUCAACAACAACAACAACAACAAUGACGAUAUAAAUAGUAGUACGAUGGAUACUCAAGAAGAACUUGCCAAUUAA